GCUUUGCGAGCACCGUUAGCGCAAAUUAGCUUCAUUAGCUACGUAUAAAGCUAACGCAUGUUUUAAUUUUUAAACUUAUAGUUUCGCUUGUUAGGUUUUCUUGUUAGUUUUUUUUCUUCAGCCGGUGAGGCGGGUUGUUACAGCCAGCAUCCGCGAUGGCGAGCCGCUUAUCUUUUCACUCACAACUCUCGUCCAUCAUGGAGACGAUGGCCAGGUCUGCCCUGAGUCAGGUCUGCAAACUGGUGGACGAAGGCUCGGCUGAGCUCCGGUUGGAGUUGUCUCGGCUCCUGGUCGCUAAUUCAGCCCUGGCAGAGAAAAUUAACAAUCUGGAGUGCGAGCUGACGAUUGUGAGAAGCGACGCCCCCAAGUUGAGUAAAAGUUAUCGCAGCGUAGGUGUACAAACUGUGUGCUACAGAGACGGGGACGCUGAUGUGUCUGGGCCGCCCACCAUAGAGGGGAUCUUUGGAAAAGAUUGGUGUAUGAAUCUGUGGAAAGACAGAGACCCAUACAGUCUGGAGACUGUCACAGACUCACCCCAGUCCUCUGAGAAGUUUGUGGCGACACUGUCAGACCAAAUUAAUAUAACUGAGAUUAAAGAGGAGGAUUACAUAGAGGAUGCUGCCAGCAGCUGCCAGCAGCAAACACUUGGUACAGAAGAACAUGAAGAAAGCAUAGCUGGGGAACCAGAGCAACUGUCAGUUGGUUACUCGGCUGAUGGCAGCACUUGCAUCCUGUCAUUCGAUCAGGAUGAGGAACAGAUUGUGUCUGCAGGUGGUAUUGAAGAACCGUCUGUGCAGCUGAUAUCCAUCAAUGACACAGAGGAGACCUUCAGCGCUCAUAUCAUUCCAAUUGAAGAGGAAGAGGAGGAUGAUGAUGUACAGUUCAUUCAAGAAAGUCAGCAGGAGCCAACGCUGAACACUGCAGGCGGGCCCGGCCACAACAAGCAGCAAACAUUACCUGCCAAACACUGUGAAAACAGCACAGCUCUGGAUGAAGAUUCACAUGACUUUAAUAUGCUUAAUGUAGAAUCCCCCAGAGAUCUAAACAAAGGCAAAUACACUUGUCAGGUAUGUGGCAGGACAUUCUUCCACAAGGGCACUCUAACACACCACAUGAAGUCACACAAGUCAAACUUCUGCAGCAUUUGUAAGCAGCAUUUCCCUCACAGGAACAAGUUGAAUUUGCACACCUGUGUGCCUCCAGUCCCUUCUCAGAGAGUCAGUAAGUCGUGUGAGCUGUGCGGGAAGACCUUUGCAAACCCAUCGGCUCUGAGGAUUCACUACGUUGUCCACACAGGAGAGAAACCUUACAGGUGCAGCUUAUGUGGGAAAGGGUUCACCCAGAAAGGCAACCUGAAAUGUCACCUGCGCAUCCACACUGGAGAGAAACCGUUCUGCUGUGUUAAAUGUGGGAAGACCUUCACGCAAAAGGUCAACCUCAACCAUCAUUUAAUGGCGCACAGAAAUCGUGAGGUUGUGGGAUGAGAUGGGAUAAAAACUCAGUGGCUGAAACCUGUCAGUGACGGAUGGUGGUGCAAGAUCAGUGUUAUCUGAAUGCAUCAUGUACUACUACUCACAUAGUGUAAGGGCAGUUGAUGUCAUGUUUGGAAUGACUUGUAGUCUGUAGUUUAGUAAUUUGUUUUUAUUUAAGUAAUUAGCACUUCAGUGUUUGUUGUUUUGUCUUUUCUAUAAAACACAGUCAUGAAUGUUCACUUGUUGAAUAAAAUUUUAUUUAAUACA